CUGAAGUUGUAUUUUGUGUCUCUUGUUAAUUCACUUUCCACUUCCUCCACCCUGUUCUCUUAAGAACAAAGUACAGAUUUGUUAGAAAUAGUAGUACCUUCCUACCCCCACCCCAGACUGCUAACCUGUUUCUUCCCUACUUUGGACUGUCCGCACCUCUAGAAGAUUUCACAGCAAUGCUGGACUGCAGUGACUAUGUUCUAGAUUCAAGAAUGAACAAUCCGUCAGAAACCAGUAAACCAUCUAUGGAGAGUGGAGAUAGCAGCACAGGCACACAAACAAAUGGUCUGGACUUUCAGAAGCAGCCUGUGCCAGUUGGAGGAGCAAUCUCAACAGCCCAGGCUCAGGCUUUCCUUGGACAUCUCCAUCAGGUCCAGCUCGCUGGAACAAGUUUACAGGCUACUGCUCAGUCUUUAAAUGUACAGUCUAAAUCUAGUGAAGAAUCUGGGGAUUCACAGCAGCCAAGCCAGCCUUCCCAGCAGCCUUCAGUGCAGGCAGCUAUUCCCCAGACCCAGCUUAUGCUGGCUGGAGGACAGAUAACUGGGCUCACUUUGACACCAGCCCAGCAACAGUUGUUAUUACAGCAGGCCCAAGCCCAGGCCCAGUUGCUGGCUGCUGCAGUGCAGCAGCAUUCUGCCAGCCAACAGCACAGUGCUGCUGGAGCCACAAUCUCAGCCUCUGCCGCCACACCUAUGACGCAGAUCCCCCUGUCUCAGCCCAUACAGAUUGCACAGGACCUUCAACAAUUGCAACAGCUUCAACAGCAAAAUCUCAACCUGCAACAAUUUGUGUUGGUACAUCCAACCACCAACUUACAACCAGCACAGUUUAUCAUCUCACAGACGCCCCAGGGCCAGCAGGGUCUCCUGCAAGCGCAAAAUCUUUUAACGCAACUACCUCAGCAAAGCCAAGCCAACCUCCUACAGUCGCAGCCAAGCAUCACCCUCACCUCCCAGCAGCCAGCAACCCCAACACGCACAAUAGCCGCAACUCCAAUUCAAACACUUCCACAGAGCCAGACAACACCAAAGCGAAUCGAUACUCCCAGCUUGGAGGAGCCCAGUGACCUUGAGGAGCUUGAGCAAUUUGCCAAGACUUUCAAACAAAGACGAAUCAAACUAGGAUUCACUCAGGGUGAUGUUGGGCUCGCUAUGGGUAAACUGUAUGGAAACGACUUCAGCCAAACUACCAUCUCUCGCUUUGAAGCCUUGAACCUCAGCUUUAAGAACAUGUGCAAGUUAAAGCCACUUUUAGAGAAGUGGCUAAAUGAUGCAGAGAACCUCUCAUCUGAUUCCACUGUCUCCAGCCCAAGUGCCCUGAAUUCUCCAGGGGUAGGAGUUGAGGGCUUGAAUCGUAGGAGGAAGAAACGCACCAGCAUAGAGACCAACAUUCGUGUGGCCUUAGAGAAGAGUUUUGUGGAGAAUCAAAAGCCUACCUCGGAAGAGAUCACCUUGAUUGCUGAACAGCUCAAUAUGGAAAAGGAGGUGAUUCGUGUUUGGUUUUGUAAUCGCCGCCAGAAGGAAAAAAGAAUCAACCCACCAAGCAGUGGUGGGACCAGCAGCUCACCUAUCAAAGCAAUUUUCCCCAGCCCAACCUCACUGGUGGCAACCACACCAAGCCUUGUGACAAGCAGUACAGCAACUACCCUCACAGUCAACCCUGUCCUCCCCUUAACCAGCGCUGCAGUGACUAAUCUCUCUCUUACAGGCACUACAGACACCACCUCCAACAACACAGCCACCGUGAUUUCCACAGCUCCCCCUGCUUCUUCAGCAGUCACCUCUCCCUCCCUAAGUCCUUCUCCUGCCUCAGCCUCCACCACUGAAGCAUCUAGUGCCAGUGAGACCAGCACAACACAGACCACCUCCACUCCUUUGUCCUCCCCUCUUGGGGCCAGCCAGGUGAUGGUGACAGCAUCAGGCUUACAAACAGCAGCAGCUGCCGCUCUCCAAGGAGCAGCACAGUUGCCAGCAAAUGCCAGUCUUGCUGCUAUGGCUGCUGCUGCAGGACUCAACCCAGGCCUGAUGGCACCUUCACAGUUUGCUGCUGGAGGUGCCUUACUCAGUCUCAAUCCAGGGACCUUGGGUGGUGCUCUCAGCCCAGCACUGAUGAGCAACAGUACACUGGCAACUAUUCAAGCUCUUGCUUCUGGUGGCUCUCUUCCAAUAACAUCACUGGAUGCAACUGGGAAUCUGGUAUUUGCCAAUGCAGGAGGAGCCCCCAACAUCGUGACUGCCCCUCUGUUCCUGAACCCUCAGAACCUCUCUCUGCUCACCAGCAACCCGGUUAGCUUGGUUUCUGCUGCUGCAGCCUCCACAGGAACCUCCACACCUGUAGCCAGCCUUCACACCUCCUCCACCUCAGCUGAGUCCAUCCAGAACUCUCUCUUCACAGUGGCCUCUGCCAGUGGAGCUGCUUCUACAACCACCACCGCCUCUAAGGCACAGUGAGCUGGGUGUGAAGCUGGGCUACCAUGCGCCUUGUCACCUACAGCAUGAUUGGGCUGUCAGCCAGUUAAUGAACUGAAAAUGUGAUGGCUUCCUUUCGCCAUCUUGUGCAGUCAAGGUAGAAGAGAAAAAUAGAAAUACCAGAAAAAAAAGAAAGGAUGGAGACAGGACAACAUUUGCCUAGUUUUAUAAUAAAACACUGUCUUUUCAGGAUUGCUUCACGGAUUGGAAAACUUUCUAACCAAAUAUUUAAAAAAAAAAAAAAAAGGAAAAGAAAAAAUAAAUGAAAGGACUACUUCUCAUUUCCAGCAGUCAUGAUGACAAGUUAAGGUGGGUUACAAAUUCCAAAUAGGAGAGAGAUUUCUUGUUUGUUGAAAUUACUUUUUUUCUUAAAAAAAAUCAUUUUUAUAGGUCUGUUGUACAGGCCAUUAAGUCAUAACAAGGUGUUUAUAAUCAUAUCAAUUGUGUUGGGGGUUCCUUUCUUAACUGGUACAAUUUAGGCAGGCCUGUAUUACUGUAUCUCUAUUGUAAUUGUUGUUUAUAUAUAUAUAUAUAUACAUACACACAUACAUAUAUAUAUACAUAUAUAUAUGUAUAUAUAUAUAUAUAUAGUUUGGACAUGUUUAUCUCUUGCUCCUGGAUCCUAUUUCAGUGAGCUCCCACACUGUGGCGAGGGGGGUUUGAGGGUAAGGGGAGACUUGCAUUCUUAACUGCGGGGAAUGUUCUUGCUGGUUUCCUUAUCCUUGAUGACUCUUACAGAGGUGCUAGAAAAUUAUUUUCUUUUGCCACUUAUGCAAGAGGCUUGGUGCAGAAGCUGAAGGCAGUGUGUGCAAACACUCCUACUCCACACAUGCCCCUCCCCCAUCAGGUGGUGCCUUUGGAGCACUUUUGUGUAGGAAGGAAUUCCUGCUGAACUGUAGCUCUCACUCACCCCCAAAUCAUUGAACGACCCUUAGGCCCAGAUCCUGUGGUGCAACAGUGCUGCUUUCUGCUACUUUGAACGAGAACAGCUGUACAUGUUGCAGGGUAGGAUUUGGUUCCGAAGAGCAAAGACUACUGCAGACACCUAACUUGGUGGUUCUCCUAAUUUCUUAUCUCUAAAAAAUGUUCCUACUGUUUGUGUGUUUGUUUGUUUGUUCCAUUUUAUGAAAGUUUUUACCCCAACUUUUUUGCUUACUUGGAAAAGAACAAAUUGUCAUUGAAAUUGGGAAACGUUUCCUUUCCUUGUUCUGUAAAGGAAUUCUUCUAGACUAUAUCCACCAGUGGAUAUGCAUCCAAAAGAAGUCAAUAAGAAGAGCCUGAGGUUACCUGCUACCUUUUCCUGUAGAGAGCUACAGACUCCUUUUCUACUGGAUGGCUUGUAAAUUUCUUCUCAGUUCUCUGACUAAAGGAGGCACUUAUUGGCCAGGCGUAGGAUCUGUAGAACCUCUGAAGGAAGACUGAGCCAGAGUUUGCACACAGCUUAUGUGUCUCCUGGUUUGUCUCUGAUGUUCCUAUUAGGAAGCUCAAAUGACAAAACACCCCUCUCUGUAGUUGAUGUAAAAAAUAAUUUGCUCCUCUAAUUGUUGUCAGGGUGUUCCUAGACUACAUUAAUGAGCCUAUUGAAAAGAAGAGUAAUGAGAAUGGAUGAAGAGGAAUGAGGGUCAUUUAAAAAUUAAAUCCUCCCCCCUUUUUUUGCCAAUAUCCUAUUAUACUGUCUGUACCAAAAUGUUCCCAAAAGACUGGACACUGUAAUGCAACUCAUGUGUGUUCCCUUGCUUAUUAGUGUUUAAGGUUCCCAUUUGGUGUCUGGAGGUACUUGCUUAAAUCUCUGGUGGUCUGCACUUUGUCUUCUUUUUUGAGCUGGGGGUUGAGAGAACCUACAAGUGACUUUCCUUCUGAUUGCUUGCUUUAUAUGUCCACAAGGGAGCUUGGAUUUCGUAUAUUUGUCUCUCUACCAUUGUUCAGAAUGGCAGUCACACAGACACAAAUGUGUACCGUUGUUUGUGAUUCAAGUGGGAGACAGUCUUAAGAUUAGAAGUCAGAAACAUUUUAGGCCCCUUUUAAAUUUUUCUAUUGUUCUUUUUGUCUUGUUUUAUUUUUCAAAAUAUUUAUCAAUCCCCUAAAUUUCCUCUUACUACUUUCCCUAAAAUUCCCCUAAAAUCAGUGAACUGCAAGCAGGGAAACUAACAGAUAUCCACCUUUUUGUGUGGUAUGAUUUUUUUAAUGUUUUUAUUUUUGUUUUUUGUUUUGUAAACUAAGCUUGAACCAAAGUCAAUUUUUAGCAAGCUGCUGUACUAAUGGACUAGUUUAUAACGUGCAGUUCAGACACAUUGAGGAGAUAGAUGCUACUGACAAUUUCUUUUUCAUUUAUCUUUAUUUUAUGUAAAAGUUGCUGCUUGUUUUUAAUCUUUUAUGUUGUUAAAUUGUAAUAACCUCUGGGCAGACAUUACCUUGAUUUUUUUAUUUUUUAGUUUGUUUAGGUUAGGGUGUACAUAGAAUGGUGUAUCAGUUACUAAUUACUCUCCUCUCCAUCAGCUUUUUCUCUAUUAUAGUUUAAUCUUUUAUCCUGACUUAACAUAUCUUACUUUAAUUUGUGCAAAUAAUAUUAGGACUAUUGAUAAUACUGUAGCUGCCCACAGUAGUGAGUCCCUCCUUUGGGAGUGGAGGAAGUUAGGAGAAAGCAUUCAGGGAGGGAAAUGCUGAUACCCCACCAUACUGGAUUAGAGGUUAUAGCAUUAAUUUCCCAAAAUUGCUACCAAAGGAAGUGUCAAAUCCCAAGAGACUCCAGCCCAGUGGGUUAAGAAGAAGGAUAAGAAAUACUGUUUUGUUCUUGAUUUCUGUAUGGUUAAAAUGAUCCCUUUCCCAAAGUGAUCUCUUAGUCUUUCCCCUAACUCUGCUUUCCAGUGAGUUUGGGAAAGGAAUUCUGCCUUUUUUUGUGAAUUAUUUAAUGAGCAUGGACUUCUAAAUCGCAUAAAAAUCAGUUGAGAAGAAGAAUUAAGUCCCUAGACAAAGAUAACUUUAAAUUUUCUUCUCUUCUAUCACUAAUUUAAAAGUAAAUUGUGAAGUGAAAGGUACUUUUACACAUGUACACAUGAAACACUAAUAUAGCUUGUUGGUAGGUUUUUAGUUUAAAAUCAGUUCCCAUCACCAUCCUACUGAUUAUAUUGUUUCAUGAACAUCUUACUCCUUUUUUAUUUUACAUCAUCUUUCUUAAGGAAAAUUCAUCUCAAAUGUGGGUGUUUGUUUAUUUUUUUUGGUGUUUUGGUUUUGGUUUGGUUUUUGUGUUUUUAGUUGAAUGAGCUAUCUCCUAAGCUAAGGUACUCAGAUAUAACUUUAGUCACCAUUUUUGGGGGAAUCUGCAAACUAAAGGGGCCAUUUGACCAAAAAGUGUUUGGCAACGUUUCCACAUUUCCAAAAGGAAAUAAUUCUUGUUUCUUUCCCUUGACACUUAUGCAAGUUUUAUCUUACCCCUCAAUUUGGUGAACACAUAUUAAAGCCAAAGACUAAUUUUGAAUAAUUUAUAGGGAUACUAUAUUUGCCCAUAGUAAUGGGCCCUCCCUAGGGAGUGGUGAAUGUAAUUAUUUAAAUCCUGCUUAUCAUAAGCAAUGCAAUUUGGUCAUGAACUUUAUGUACCCUGUGUAAAUCUAAAGGAUGGAGUAGAAAGACCUAAGAAAGGGCUUCUCAUCAGAACAAUACUGUUCUAAGAAAUAAGUGUGCUAUUAAUUUAAAUGUUUCUUAAGUUUUAUAGGCAGUUUUUUAGAAUUAAGAAAAAAAAUUGUGCCCAUUAACUGAUACAAUACACACUUUUAUUUAUUGUCAGAAAGGUCAAUACCAUCCCAGUUUGUUUAAGUUGUUACUCAAGAAUGGAACCAAAGGAAUCCAACUUUCAAUUUAUAUAUGACCCAUACCUAUUUAUACUUUGUGGUAGCUUUAUUAGAAAUUAAGGAUUUUUUAAAAAGGGAAAAUAGCAAAAGAUUUUUAGUGUGAUUAUCUUGCUAAUUUGUUCUACGUUAUUCAUUUGUUGGGGGGAAAAGCACAACUAUACCUCUAAUGUUGUUUUGUUCAUUAUUCUUCAUUUACUUGGAAAGUUAGGAGAAAUAUUCUUUGUAUUAUCCAAAAGCACAGAUAAUUGCUUAUCAGAGUAUUUCAGUUCAGUCCAGUCUUUAACAUUAAAUUAUGUUUCAGUUGCUGGAAAAAGAUAUAUUCACAAAUUUAGGAAAUUUGUGUCUAUACAAGUGAUGCAGCCAGAACAAUAAACAAUAAAGUUUACUUACAGAGUAAACCUUACAAUUCAUAAUCUAAAGUUCUUCCAAAACCAUACCAUCAUCACAAAUAUUUCUUGUCCAAGAAAGAAAUAACAUCCUUGAGCUAGGAAGACAGAAACGCCUUUCCUUUCUUUCCUAAGAAAGGAAAAGUGCUGUGUAUAUGCAGAAGACAGGGCCUCUUGCUGGCAGCCUGCUGAGGCCCUGGCUCUGAAUCUCUUCACAGACUAGCAUGCCACAUGAGAACCUUUGGUAAAGAAAGACCUCAACAAUUCAUUAUUAUCAAUGUUAUCUCAUUAAAUUGGCAUCUAAACUAUUUAUUAGAGCUGAAAAAUGUUAAUUUAAAAAACAAAAUGACUGCCACUACUGAUAGGAGAAAAAGACUAAAAGACCUGAAGCUUAAAAUUACCCUUUGGGCAGGAAUUGUUGGAUUAAGUUGUUCAUAACCAUUAGAAUUCACUUUGUGUGUGUGUGUGUGUGUAUGUGUGUGUGUGUGUGUGUGUGUGUGUGUACAGCAUUUAUUGUGUCACAUUGUUUAUAUAAUCAUAGCUGUUUGCAUAGCUGUUUCCAAAUAAUUUUCAGGCAAUUUGUAAGUGGUAAAUCUUUCUUUGUUUUAAUCAUCAGCUUUAAGAUGGUAGAAAAUUCCUCUUUGUCAUUCCUCCAAGAAUAAUAAUUUAAGAUCAGCUAUUUGAUAGGUUUGCAUGAACAGCACCCACAAUACAAAUACAGAUAUGUACAGAAAUAGGAUAAAUAAGUUUCUUUCAUCCUUAAAGGUUGGUAGGAAUUCUGUUCAGCUCCAUCCUUUCCUUAAUCCAAGAGAUUAAGUGAGAUGCCCUGGAAUUUUGUAAUAACACUUGAAAGGAUUCUACCAGAAAAGCAGGGAAAGUAUUUCUCAAGAGCUAUCUAGUUUGCACCCAGUUUUCUAUGAACUCUAGUUUUCUUCUAAGCAUUCUUAUUCAUGAAGUAGUCCUUUAUUUUGGCUCUUUUGUCCUUAGCCUUUGCUAAAAAGUAGUGAAAGUGAGUAACUUUUAUAUUGAUUUUGUAAUCUAGGUCUUCUUUCUUUGUGUCCUUCCCUUACUCUCUUUAAAUGAUGGUACCUUAAUCUAUGAGGAUAAUGCUUGUGGGUAACAGCUAGUUUCUGACACCUUCAUAAAAUACCUCAGCAUAGCUUAACAUUGUUGCAGAACUGGUUUUAAACUAAAAACCAAAUAAGUAAAAGAAAAAAAAUAUAAAUAGUGGAAAUAAUUCUAGUUGUAGUAUUUAGUUGAACUAAUGUUUAUUAUGAUUGAUAAACAUGAUUGAUGCUGUAUGUAUUUGGGAUCUUGUUUAUAGGUUACAAUUUAUAGGGUUAGGGAGGGUUAAAGUUGAGGGAAAGAAGUUGAUUAUGUUAGAACAAAAAUGUUGCUCGCCUGUCCUUGUUUUUCCUUUUAUCUAUCUUGCCAAAGGAAAUUGGAUAUUCCCUAUGAUUGGGCUUGGGAUUUCUUUUGGCCUUUCUAAUCUGCAUCACAGUGUGUGGUGGCAUGCAGGUGGCAUAUGGAAUGUCCCCAAGGGCCCUUCCUCUGGCUUCUGUGCUCCCCAGACUUGCUGGCCUCUCCUAAUGAUUCAUUACCUCUGUACAUAGCAGAAGCUUAGGGAAAGAAUGAUUGUGUGCAUAGCUCUGUGUGUGUGUGUGUGUAUGAGAGAUGUAGAAACAAAUAGAAAGGUACUGAUGAAUUUGGAGAGGAACAGAGAGGUGAUUGUUGUAUCAAUAUAGAAAAAUUAAAGUGAAACAAGUUAUUUUUGUCACCUUUUAUCAUAUUAUUUAAUGUUGUAUGAAUAGCCCAACCUUAAUUGCUCUUCUCAUACCAAGGUUAGUUUUUCUAGACCAAAAAUACAAGUAGAAGAAAAGUGAAACCAAAAAGUUGAAAGCUAACCUGGUCACUUCACACCUGUCAUAAGGUAUACCUGUAAGGACUAAUUGGUUAAUGGAAUGGAGGACAGUAUUGUGUUGGUGGGAAUGUGAAUGAGAAAUGGUGCCGGUUGAAGAAAAGUUAAGAACCCUUCCUACCCAUACUUUGCAGAUAUAGAUUCUAUCUCCAGAACAGCUAUUUUUUUAACUAAUUGAUCCAUCUCACAAAACUUCAGUGGGAUUUGGUUUAGAUACCAAAGAACUGUUACGCUGUCACUUACCUUUAUUUUUUCAAAACAGGCAAAUAGUAAAGGACUGAAUUUUGGAAAAGCUUUACCUUGUCUUUUCUUCCCUUUUUCUUUCCUCUACUUUUUGAAAGAAGUCUUACUGGUCAUUUUGGCUUUGGAAAAAAUGAAUUGAUGUUGUUUCACUCCUGUGGCGCUAUCUAAAGAUGGGUAGAAUUGCUCACUGGAGCACUGAUGUUCUUGAAAUUGCUGAGAAACUUUGGGAAAGCAACAAAGAGGAGCAGAACUCUCCUCUCGAAUGCUUAUCAGUAAAACCAGUCCAGCCUUUUUUAGUUCAGACAAUAUUUAGAUGUGCUAUCUCUGUCUUUUGUAAAGAAGCAUUUUCAAGACCAGGAUUACAUGGAAAACCAAAAGAUCUUCCCUUCUUCUCCUGUAGAGCUCUUGUGUUUCCCAGUGGUUUUAUGAUGUGGGCUCUAGGAAAUUGAGUAGUUCAUUGUUUAGGUAUACUAUUGAUAGAACACAGAGAGGAAGAGAGGGAAAAGACAUUGCUCUCUAAUAUAUGUUGCAGAACUUCAUGAAAGCUUUACUAAUAAUCUUAUUGUUCUGACAUUAUAUAAAAGUAGUAUUAAUGUGUGACUUCCAAAGCAUUAGGUAGACUUAUAAGAAGAUAGAGAUGUUAAAGAUCAGAGCACUUGAAAUAAAGGCAAGGUGUACAUCAAGAACCCUUUGAACAGGAAAAUGAAGCUCCCUGAAGCCUGGGAGGAAAGAUGAGGUAAUCAUUCUUUCUACGUCCAGAAGUCUGCCUACACUGUGCAGGGCUCUAACACCCCAUGCCAGUUUUCUAGUUUGAACCCAGACACUAUCAGAAAGUUAGAGCCUCCCCGCCCCAAACUAAUAUACUGACCCAAAAAAAAAAAAAAAAAGAUUGCGGUCUGCUGCAGAGUUUUCCCAUGUUUUCUUUAAUUUUAUUUGCUCAUUGCUGUUUUAAGUUGGCCGCCACCUCACCAAAGCAGCUUAGGGCUUCUUCUGUAAAUUGGCAGUGGCAUUGAAUUCUCCAACAUUAUAUCCCAAAGUCUACAAGUAGAGAGCCAGAUACUGUGCUGUUGUUGAAAUGCAAUAUCUGAACACUGUCUUCAUUAAAAUUGUGAUCUCUUGAAUAAAAAUGUCCAGAGGCAGUUCCCAUACAGCCUAAUAGUGUCUCAAAGUCUGAGAAAUAUAGGAAAUGAAAUGCACUUUCAGAAGCUAAAAUGACAGCGUUUGUUAGGAAUGCUGCAGUUGUGGGCUAGUGGUGGGGGUGUGUAUAUCACUUCAUUCUUACAGGAGUCUGCAGAAGGCAUGCACUUUCUAAGAAUGAAGUGGACAAGUGCCCACCUGCAAACAAUUGCAGAAAAGAAAGGGAGGAAUCACCACACUGCAACCAGAUUAGAACUUUGGCAUUCUAGAAAAGUAAUAGUGUGUUUCCUCUAGAAUCAGAUGUGGGGGAGAACAAACAGACUUCUUCCAGCUUCUUACCUCUGCUUGCAUGGGCACGUGUGCAUUACUCAGUCCACUGGUGGUCUCACUCUGCAGAAGACACCUUCCUCUUCCCAGAGAAGACCAUGCAUGGCAUUCCCCUUGUCUGUGGUAGUAGGGAAGACUAGGUGAGUAAGUGUGAGCUUUUAUGCCCACCACACGUCCAGGAGCUGUUGUAUACCUCAUUUCUAACUCAUGACUGAGUAACUUGCUUUAACUUCCUCUCACCCUACAGAGUUGCCAAGUCUGCCCUCCUUCCUUUCCCUCUUCUUCAGUAAAGUUCAACUCUGGCCUAUAGCAUCAUGAGACCUGUUACCUGGGGUGGGACCCCCUAAGGCCUCUGAAUGUUGCUGCUUUACAGCUACUGCAAACUGAGGGCAAAUUGCAAUCUUCUGUUUCUUUUUAUUGCUAGGGGUCUUCACAGGUCUCUUACCAUUGGCUUCCUUCCACCUUGCCUUAGGGCUGCCAGCUACCCUUGCCCAUAUUUCUCACUGCUGGCCACACAUAAUCUUCUGUCCUUACAUUUUUCCCUGGUGGGGUAGAGACUAAUCCUUUCCCUUGAGGCCUUUGAGUUCUGAGCAUUUUCAGCACUUGAGGUAGAGGGGAAGACACCAAAGACUCCUUUAAGCUAACUGCUUCAUACCUAUUUCAUUUUUUUCCCUUUUACAUCACCAAAAAAAAUUCAACUAUUUAAGUUUAUUAUUAUUAUUACUAAUGUUAUUAUUUGACAAUCUUAUGUCCAGUGGGCUCUCUAGAAGCUGAAUCCCAGCCCUUUCACCUUUUCUUUGAAUGUAGCUUUCUACCUUCAUUUCCCACCCCCAAAGUUGAAAAAAAAUGCUUAGCCAGGUCAUAAUACUGCUGCUAUAAGCCAGGGGAGGGUGGUUUCUUUGUUUUGUUUUGUUUUUUUUAUAAAAUUUCCAGCCAAAACCAAAGAUUUCUUAAUGAUUGUAUAAACUCAAAACAAACAAAAAAACCAAAGAAAAGGGAAGUCUUGAGCAUCUAUCCAGUCUGUGGUGUCCUGGCACUUGGCAGCAUGAGGCCAGGAACAGGUUGGGGUCCUCCAGCCAGAUAGGAAGGGCACUCCAGCUGUGCCCAUGGAGUUUUGUGCAUCUGUAUGCUUGGGAGCUUUGGCCCUCACCAACUUGAAAGCAUGCACAAAACAAAUUGGCAUUUAAGAUUUUCCAAAAUGAAACCCCAUUACCACCAACACCCAUCUGACAACAAACCAGGGUUCCCACAGGGACAAGGAGCUGGGAGCUGCCGCUGGAUGUGCCACGGACUCCAUAGAAUGGGGAAAGCUGAAGACACUGGCACAACGAUUGGCUGCUCUGGUGGGUGCUUUCACUCGGGCUGGCAGACAUGCCAAGGGGCCCUUCUGAGCCUUUCUCUCUUUUCCUUUACUGGAACUGCUUGGAGUGGCUGUCCUGUUUGUGAGAAAACCUACAGAAUGAUUAUCAAGCUUUUCAUUUCUCUUUAUUGUAAUUUUAUUUGCUUUUUGCAGCACCACUGUGCAACUAUGCAUUGUAUUUCACAACCUUUUGUGCUAGGUAGAUGCCUGUGACUUUUUAACUUGGGGGGUGGGGGGAGUUGAAAAUGAAGGAACUUUUUACAUGGAUCUUUUUAAUCUCAGUUGAUUGGGGGUGGGGGGUAUUUGGUUCUAGGGUCAUACAAGCUCUAUCCCAAAGCAAAAUCCAAAUGUUAAUAAUAUUAGCCUGAUGCAGAUACCAAAGAUAAUUUCUUUCCUGCAGAACCUUAGACUUGUGUAUUAAGUACGAUUACCCAGCACUUGCAUUAGUCUAACCUCAGUAAUUCCAAAGCUUAGAUGUAUAUUUUGGUAUAUUUCUGGGAUAUUAAAAAAAAAAAGUCGUUUAACUUCUUGUUUGUUUCAGUGUAAUGCUCUUAAAGUCAUAGCAUGAAAAUAAUUGAGCUGUCCUAUUCUUAGUAGUUUGAAAUAAUAGUAUUUUUGUAUGUUUUGGGUGUGUCUAUGUAUGUAUUGACAUAACAGUUUUCACUGCCUAGGUGUUCAUAAUAAAAAAGAAAAUGAAAAAGUUCUGAUUGUACAUACUAUUCUAUAACAAUCCUCUACCAGGUGUCAAUUUGGAUUGAAUAGUCACUGAUUACCCACCUGGGAUUUGGUUUGGUUUUAAAGAGACAGUGAUCGUGUUUUUCUACAGAUGCUUUUUUCCUCUGUCUUUAAAUGUCUUCUCUUUUGUUCCUUUUUUUCUUCUUCUAAUAUUGAUUCAGGGGUGUUUUUCCACUGUUGUCUAGGGAGCAACACAUGGGGAAUUAGCCCCAUGGCCUCCCAAUUUUUGGUUUUAUGUGCUUUAAAAUGUGAGUUUGAGUUCUUCAUGGAAACUUAAGAUGUGGUGUAAAUGAUUUUUUCCUAAAUGGUCCAGCAGCUGUACUAAGGCAGUGGCCAUGCCUAGUCGUUUCUUGGGGUCCUUUUACAUUUCUCCUAGGUGCACUGCAAUCUGGGUGGCUAUCGUGUAGCCUCACUGCCCCAGAGUACCCGCUUAGCCAUUUCCCUUCUGCUGGGAAUAUUUUCUAAGAAUCAACUGGUAACUUGGGAGUGCUGGACCUUGUUAUUUGUGCCCCUGGGAAACACGUGUUUUUGUUUUUGGGUUUUGGUUUUGAAAACCUGAAACACAAGCAACUCUAUAGGUUGGUAAUUAGCUGAUGCCUCCUGAGGCCUGGGGAGUUGGAGGGGACUAUGAGCGGUGCUGUCUCUGAAAAAGUGCCCUUUAUAUGAUCCCCCUCCUGGGGCCCCCUGAGGGGCUAUAGGCUUGGGAGAGAUUGUGUCAGGUGCCAGUGAAUCAGAAUGAAAUGGUAGAUUUUGUGUAGAUGCAUUUGUCUGCUGUAAUUUUUAUAUAUAUUAAACUUACUGUAACUGUACAGUUCAUUUCUGUUGUAAAACAUCAUUAAACCAUUUUCCAAAUGUU